GAAGCGUGGAAUCAUAUAUCUCUCUGGAAGGAAUAUCAAUUUAGAGUACUAGACUCCAGCUAGUAUAAGUAAACGAUCGCUCUCUAUCUUUUCCAUCGUCUCAGGACUAGGAUAAUCCGUCAGAGCAGACACGCAGAGAAACAGGAAUCCAUGGCGGAGGAAACACUCGCAGCUCUUAGGUCACUCAUGGCUUCUCACUCCCCUCCGCUCGACGCCUUGGUUGUUCCUUCCCAAGACUAUCAUCAGAGCGAGUAUGUGUCAGCGCGGGACAAAAGGCGCGAAUUCGUUUCUGGAUUCACCGGAAGUGCUGGUUUGGCACUUAUAACAAUGAAUGAAGCACUUCUAUGGACGGAUGGACGGUAUUUCUUGCAGGCAGCACAACAGCUCAGUAAUCAGUGGAAGCUCAUGCGAAUGGGAGAAGACCCUGCUGUUGAUAUCUGGAUGGCAGAUAAUUUGCCCAAGGAAGCAGCUAUAGGAGUUGAUACAUGGUGUGUAUCAGUAGAAACAGCACACAAAUGGGAAUGCGCCUUUGCAAAGAAACAACAGAAAUUAGUCCAAACCACAACAAACUUGGUGGAUGAAGUUUGGAAAAGUCGGCCACCUGCUGAAGUAAAUCCUGUAAUGGUGCAUCCAUUGGAAUUUUCUGGCCGCUGUGUUGCAGAUAAGUUGAAGGAUUUGAGAGAAAAGCUUGUGCAAGAGAAAGCUCGGGCUAUCAUAAUAACAGGGCUUGAUGAAGUUGCCUGGUUAUAUAAUAUCCGUGGAACUGAUGUGUCAUAUUGUCCUGUCGCUCAUGCAUUUGCUGUAGUAACAUUAGUCUCGGCCUUCCUUUACGUUGACAACAGAAAGUUAUCUUCUGAGGUGACCUCUUUUAUGGAGGAAAAUGGUAUUGAAGUGCGGGAUUACGGUGAAGUUAGCAAAGAUGUAACCCUACUAGCUUGUGGCCAGCUCAUUCAUUCCUGGAGUAAGGGAAGUCAAACGAGCUCUUCAUUAGGUGAAGAGACUAAGGUCAACGGGUCUGCUGAUAAGGGAAAUGAUCUCAUAUGGGUUGACCCUGGCCAAUGCUGCUUUGCUUUGUACUCCAAACUAAAUGUUGAGAAAGUUCGCCUCCAGCAAUCACCUAUAGCUCUAGCCAAAGCCCUAAAGAAUCCUGUUGAGAUGGAAGGAUUGAAGAAAGCACAUAUUCGAGAUGGAGCAGCUGUAGUGCAAUAUCUUGUCUGGCUGGAUAAACAGAUGCAGGAGAUUUAUGGGGCAUCUGGUUACUUCAUUGAGGCUGAGACAACCUGCCAGAAGAAACAACCGAAUGUUUUAAAGCUAACAGAAGUGUCUGUAAGUGAUAAGCUGGAGGAAUUCCGUGCAUCAAAAGAGCAUUUUAGAGGCUUGAGUUUUCCUACUAUUUCUUCCGUUGGUUCAAAUGCGGCAAUUAUCCAUUAUUCUCCUGCUGUGGAGACAUGUGCAGAACUUGAUCCAGAUUCUAUAUACCUAUUUGAUUCAGGAGCACAGUAUCUCGAUGGAACAACUGAUAUAACCCGGACUGUUCACUUUGGUAAACCCACACUACACGAGAAAGCAUGCUAUACUGCGGUUCUCAAAGGCCAUAUUGCGUUGGGGAAUGCUCGGUUUCCAAAUGGGACCAAUGGGAAUACACUUGACAUUCUUGCUAGGACUGCUUUGUGGAGAUAUGGUCUUGACUACAGACAUGGUACUGGUCAUGGCAUUGGAUCUUACUUGAAUGUGCAUGAAGGGCCUCAUCAAAUCAGUUUUAGGCCAGCAGCUACAAAUGUGCCAUUACAAGCUUCAAUGACUGUUACAGAUGAACCUGGUUAUUAUGAGGAUGGAAACUUUGGUGUGAGAUUGGAGAAUGUGCUUAUUAUCAAGGAGGCUGAUACUAAAUUCAAUUUCGGGGAAAAGGGUUACUUGUCGUUUGAUCAUAUAACAUGGGCACCAUAUCAGAGGAAACUGAUUGAUCUGAGCCUUCUGGUACCUGAAGAGGUUGAAUGGUUGAAUGACUACCAUUCGAAAUGCAAGGAAAUCCUGGCUCCAUAUUUGAACGACUCUGAGAUGGCAUGGCUGAGCAAAGCUACUGAACCUGUUGCCGCAUAAAAGGCUCAUCGUCCCAUACAAUUGUCGCUCUUAUUCUUGGACCCUCUCUUAUAUUUAGUUUCUAGCUUUUAUAGUCAAAUGUGACUGUUGAUUAUGUGACUAUACGAAAUAGUUUGGUAAUUGAAAUAUUUUAAUUAUCACUAGUGACUAUGGAUCACUUCAAUUGUUCUCUAGAAAGUUGUUUAGAUGAUGAAAAAAGGAGAGUUUCUACCUGUGUUGAUUUUAUUAGGGAUGCUUUAAUAUGAAACCCAAAACAAAGUAGAUAAAUUGUGAAAUAUAAAUAGACAUGGGAGAAUUUUUAUGGGGAAA